AAAAUAGUGUAAAUAUAACCUAGGAGUUCGGGGGAGUGAGGCUUCACUGGCUGCGUGCUCUCCAGUCGCUUCGGGUUCCGCUUUCAAGACGGUGUACUGGUGCCGACAUCGGUAAUCUUUUGUAGUCAUGGAUUCCCUAGAAGAAGAACAACUUGAAGCUCUCCGCAAGGCCUUCAAUUCCUUCGACACGGAGGGCCAGGGAUCCAUCACAGGAGAGACCGUGGGCAUCAUCUUGAGGAUGAUGGGCAUCAAGAUCUCCGAGAAGAACCUGCAGGAGGUCAUCGCCGAGACAGACGAGGACGGAUCUGGCCUUCUUGAGUUCGAGGAAUUCGCUGAGCUCGCCGCCAAGUUCCUGAUGGAGGAGGACGAGGAGGCGCUGAAGAAGGAGCUCAAGGAAGCCUUCCGGUUUUACGAUAAGGAGUGUAAGUCGUGAACAGAUUGCAGAAGUUUGCUCGCAUAAAUCAUAAAAUAGAUAAAUAAAAAGAAAAGGAAAUGAUAAAGUUUGUAAGUAUGGAAGAGACAGAUAAAUCUUAUUACAAAACCGGAGCGUACAGUCAGUGCCUAAAGUUCAGUCGCGCAAAGGAAGUGUACAGGAGACUGCAAAAGUUCGCUCGCAUAAAUCAUAAAAUAGAUAAAUA